UUGGCGGAACCGGAAGCGCUGGGAGCUGGAGGAGCAAUGGGGGUGAAGAUGGAGAUCCUGAGGAUGUGCGUGUACCUGUCCUUCCCCGUGGCCGUGUUCUGGGUCUCCAACCAGGCGGAGCUGUUCCAGCGGCACGUCAUCGACCGCAAGAGGGAGAUUUUCCCACCGGACACGCCGGAACGGCGCCAGGCCAUGGCGGAGCUGAAGCAGCGGCUGCAGGAGAGGAGGGGGACACAGGCGUGAGGGGACAGCGGGGACACACGGCCACCCACGGGGACACAGCAGUGACACCGGGGACACACGGCCACCCACGGGACACACGGCCACCCACGGGACACGGCGGUGACAGUGGGGACACAUGGCCACCUCCAGGAUGCAGCGGUGACAACAGGGACACGGCAGUGACAGCGGGGAUGUGGCAGUGACACCGGGGACACACGGCCACCAGCGGGACAUGGCGGUGGCAGCGAGGACACGGUGACAGCGAGGACACGGCAGUGACAGUGAGGACAUGGUGACACCAAAGACACAGUGGUGACAGCGAGGACACGGUGGUGACAGCAGGGACAUGGUGACACUAAAGACACAAUGGUGGCAGCGAGGACACGGUGGUGACAGCGAGGACACAGUGACAGUGAGGACACGGUGGUGACAACGAGAACACGGCGGUGGCAGUGAGGACACGGCGGUGACAGCGAGGACAUGGUGACACCAAAGACACAGUGGUGACAGCAAGGACAUGGUGACAGCGAGGACACGGUGACAGCGGGGACACGGUGACAGCGAGGACACGGUGGUGACAGCAGGGACAUGGUGACAGUAAAGACACGGUGGUGACAAGAAGAACACAGCGGUGGCAGCGAGGACACGGUGGUGACAACGAGAACACAGCGGUGGCAGCGAGGACAUGGCAGUGACAGUGAGGACACGGUGGUGGCAGCAGGGACGUGGCAUCGCUGUGACACCGGCGCCGUGGCAGUGACACAGGACACGCCUGGCACUGCCCUGUCACCGUGGGCACAUCGUGACACCGGUGCCAGCCACGUGCUGGUGACAGAGGGGACAGUGACAGAGUGGCAGCCCCCGGUGGCAUCGCUGUGGCAGCAUUGGUGACAAAAGGGACGUGUGGCAGUGUCCUGGUGCCAUUGCUGUGGUGGCAUUGGUGACAAAGGGGACGUGUGACAGCAGCUGAUGGCAUUGGUGACAUCGCUAUGGCUGUGUUGGGGACAGAAGGGACAGUGACAGCCCCUGGUGGCAUCGCUGUGGCUGUUGGUGACAGUGACAGCCCCGUGUCACCGCUGUGACUGUGUCAGUGACAGUGACAGCCCCGUGUCAGUGGCACAGGGGACACGUGUCCUCCCUGCCCUGAUGCCACCACGGCCGCCCCGUGUCCCUGCGCCACCGGUGACACGUGUGGGUGACACGUGUGGGUGACACUGUGUGUGACACGUGUGUGUGACACGUGUGUGUGACACGUCAGGACAUGCCAGGGGACACAUGGCACCCCAAUAAACGGCGCUGGCACCGCCCGCGGGGUGUCCCCAGGGUGUCCCCAGGGUGUCCCCAGGGUGUCCCCGCUGUCCCUCAGUGCCACCUGUGCCCCUCGGUGUCCCCUGGUGCCACCCCCGCGGGCGUCCUGUGUCCCUUCACGUCA